GUCUUUUUUCCAGAAACAACGCAUCAUUAGGUAUCCGAUUCUCACCUCUCAAUUCGAUUCACCGUCGAACUGCAUUUUCCGGCACCGGCGAUGGCUUCUCGCUACGAAUUGGAAGUGAAAAUUCAGUCCGCGAGAGAUCUCAAGAACAUCAACUGGAAACACGGCAGUCUGAAGCCGUACGCCGUCGUUUGGAUCGAUCCGAAGAUGAAAUCGUCGACAAAAGUCGACGCCGAAGGAGAUACAUCGCCGUACUGGGACGAAACACUUGUCAUUCCGUUCUCCUCGCCGAUCGAAGAUGCUACGCUGCACAUCGACGUCGUCCACGUUGUCGGUGCCGAUGAAGACACCAAGCCGUUGAUUGGCUCCGCUCGACUCCGCCUCUCGGAGGUCGUCGACGAUGUUGGCCUUGGCGAAAGCUCUCAGCGAACGCUCCAAUUGAAACGGCCCUCUGGCAGGCCACAAGGAAAAGUCGAAGUUAAUGUAACAGUCCGAGAACCACGUUACCGAUCAUCCGAUUCUUAUUACGCGCCGCCGUAUGGAGUCCCACCGCCAGGUACCGCUAGGGAUUUCUCUGCUUCGCCGCCGCCUCCCUAUGUCGCUCCGUACCCUGCUCCGCCAAAUCCUUACUAUUCAACGGCUCCGCCAUCUGGAUACCCUUACGGCGGGUAUAAUGCACCGGCGCCGCCACCUACGGCGGCUCAGUACGGCCAAUCGAAUUACGGACAACCUUCGUACGGUCAGGCGAGUUAUGGACAGCCGGCGUAUGGCGAUCAGGCGUACUACGGACAGCCAGAGGAGAAGAAGAAGAGCAAGUACGGGAUGGGAACGGGACUGGCGGUGGGUGCGGCUGCUGGAAUUUUGGGUGGAUUGGCCAUCGGAGAGGGCGUCGAAUACUUGGAGGACAAGAUUGCCGACGACGUAGCGGAGAGGGUUGAGGAUGACCUGGGCUACGGCGAUGAUGAUUUUUAGAAGAAGAAAUUCGGUGCGGAUGCCGGUCAGUUCAGGCUUAUUUGCUUUCAGGAUUUCGGGUUGUUCGUUUGGGCCCAAUGGACCAUGGGCUCAUAUUCGUAGUAGGCUAUUGUUUGUUUGGCUCAGUGUGGGAUGUGUAUUUAGGCCCACGUAAUUUUGGUCUAGAAUAAUAAUUUUCAAAAUCACAAAAAUAUGUAUUUAUUUUCAAUAAUAACAACUAUUAACUUUACAUGAAAAA